UGUAAACAAACACUGCACGAUAUUGAAAAAAAAAAUGCUGGCAGAAAAAGCACUAGAUCUUCUCCGAGAAUUACAAAGGACAUUGGACGGAUCUUUACCACCAUACAAUGAGGAUGCAAUCAGACAAAUCUUGGAAGAAAUGAAAGCACUUUUUGAACAGAACCAGAAAGAUGUGAGUGCUACAAUUGCUGGAGAAAAUGGUCUGUAUUCUGGUGUACAACUAAGACAUUCUGCUCUGGAGCGUAACAAACGGUGUCUUCUUGCUUACUUAUAUAACAGAUUAGAACAAAUAAGAAGAAUGAGAUGGGAGUUUGGGAGUGUUUUGCCUCCCGAGGUCAAAUUCAACAUGUGUGAACAGGAGAUCCAGUGGUUUAGCAAGUACAACAAGAUGCUGGCUACUUAUAUGAGGUCUAUUGGAGGAGAAGGGGGAUUAGACCUUACCCAAGACCUCAAGCCCCCCAAAACACUGUACAUAGAGGUGAGGUGUUUAAUGGACCAUGGUGAAUUUGAAACACAAGAUGGAAACAUUCUGUUGUUGAAGAAAAAUAGUCAGCACUUCAUGUUACGAUCAGAGUGUGAACAUUUAAUUCGUCAGGGAAUCUUAGAGCACAUUGUUCAUUAGAGAGAGAAAUCAUCCCAGAAUCUGAACAUGAUAAAACUGUGAUAACUGUUAUGCUACACCAGUCCCAAGGAUGCAGGAAACUCAAAAGAGAGCUUAUGGACAUAUUAAAUCUCAGUAUUCAGGAAUAAUUAAAUAUAUCUAUUUCAAAGUAUUUGUGGCGAGAUCUACAUGUAAAUGUAUGGAAGUUCAGAGAAUAAACAAAGGGCUAUAUUUGGUAAUAGCAAAGUAACACCCCCCACCCCCACCCCCACCAUCAAAUCAAACUUUGCUGGGGAAAUCUAAAAUUAUUUUCUAAGCCAGAAUUAUAUAUGCAGAUAUCAAAGCAUAAAACAUUUUCUUCCACCAUGAUGUCAUAAGUUAAAUAUGACAUAAACAGAAUUAUGUAAAUUCACCAUUUUAAUGAUUUGUAAACAAAAUAUAGUGUAUUUUAGGGCAAUAAUUUCAUUGGAAAAUAUUAAGCACAGUUCUGCCAGACUACAUCUUUCAAAAUAUUGUGAAGAUUAAUAAUAUCAAUGAAAUAUGUGAAAAUGGUUCCUGAGCAAAUUUCACUCUAUGAAAACCCAAAUCAUGAUUGAAAAAAAAAAAUGCGCAUUUUCCCCCUUUUUUUUUUUUUUUUUUUUAAAAAUUCAAUAGAUUGUGAUGUCACAGAGACAUAAAUGCAGAUAAUUUUUCCCUGAUAAUACAUUUUGUUAAUUUAAAUUUGUUUUAUACAAAUAUAUACAAUUGUGGACAUUUCUAGAGAUUUUCAAAAUUUGAUGUUUAUAGGGGCACGGUAAAAACCUUUACCAUAUAUAGUUCUUUAGUCAAAUUUAUGGCCAGAUAUUGUGUAAACACACAUUUCUCAUCAGUAUAAUAGCCUUGUCAUACUCCUUGAAACGUUUACAAAAUCUUUAUUUCAUAGUGGCAUUUAUUUUAUGUUUCAAUUGGACACAUAUUUGGGGUUUCCCAUAGCAAAACUUGGACACUGCCAUUCUUUAUAUAAUAUUUGGGGUACCUAUCUCUUAUCCACGACUCCUACAUCUCUGAAUAACAUUUAAUGAGGCUUUUACUACAUAAUGCCAUUUUUCAUUUAUUUUGCAUUUCAAUCAGACAGAUAAUUAUUUAAUUGGGGUUUCCCAUAGUAAAGCGUGGACUUUGCCUUUAUACCGAUAAAGGGGAUACCCAUUCUGUUAACAAUUUAUCCUAAACCCCUGAAUGAAAUUCAAUGGAACUUUCACAGAAUCUCAUUUACAUACUGCCAAGAAAUAUUUAGCCAUUAUACUCAUAUGGCCCAGGGCAAUCUGAUUAAAAUCAGAUCUUUGUUACGGCCCAAAAUUCUGAUAGUUGCUGUACACAUUGUACAGCGACUAUCAGAAUUUUGGGGCAUAACAAAGAUCUGAUUUUAAUCAAGACUGAGCAACAGGGUGUAUCAAUUUUUGAGCUUAGUACUUCUUAGUUUAUUAUUAAGGACAGAUGAUACAAACAAAAAAAUGGAUGUCUGGAUUAGUAUAUAUUUUUAGAUCUAUUUUGGUUUUAAAUGAUGCAAAUAAUAAAUUUCUGAAAUAUUGAGAAAUUGUAAACUUUCUAUGAUGAUCAAAAUUCUACCUUUCUGCAACCAUCCUUUAUAAUCUAUACAACUUUUUGCCACUUUAAAUCCCAUUACUGUGAAACUUUAAAUGAAAAUCUAUGUGGUUAAUGUUACUCAUUUUACUCCUUUGAACAUGACUUUUAAGUUAUUAAUUUUCAAGAUUUUUAACAAAAGUUUGCAUCACCUCUCCUUAAAUGCAAAAUAUGUACUUCCUUGACCAUUUUGUUGUGACAAUUCAUGUAUAGUUGUGAAUGUAAAAAUGAACAGUAUCUGUAAAGUUGAAUUCAUAACACUGUUCAAAUCCUCUGAUAGAUUAUGAUUUGGUUUCACAAUAAAAUGUAUUAUACAUGUAUAUGCAUGUACCCAAA